AUACUCCUUCUCCCGGCCUUUUCCUUCUCCCUCAGCUGUCCGUCGAUCGAUCGAGGAUGGUCAUGGUGGUUUCUCGACAGGGAAGGCAGCUCCAGCGCUACAGCAACACCGGGAGUCGCCUCGUAGUCGGGUGCAUUCCUUACAAGUUUAAUCAUGGGGAAGAACUCGAUAAAUCCGUGGAGGUGCUCGUCAUCAGCUCGCCGAAAGGAAAUGGCUUGCUGUUUCCAAAGGGUGGUUGGGAGACUGAUGAGACCAUAAAAGAAGCAGUCUCAAGAGAGGCAAUGGAAGAGGCUGGAGUGCAGGGCAACAUUGAGAGGAAACUUGGGAAAUGGAAGUACAAGAGCAGAACUUAUGAUGCAUACUACGAAGGCAUCAUGUUCCCUCUGAAUGUCACAGAGGAACUCGGAGACUGGCCAGAGAUGCAAACAAGAGAGCGCAAAUGGGUGACAGUGGCUGAAGCUAAGGAAGGAUGCCAGCGUCCAUGGAUGAAAGAGGCAUUGGAGAGGCUCGAGGAGAGGCUCUCCAACUCAACCAAGCACACAACACCGCCAGCAGCAACUUAAUUUUUUGUUUCUUGCAAAAAGUUUUCAUGUAGAUAAGACAGAGCCUUGUGGAUGAACUCUCUGAUCCCAUCAGCUUUCCUGAUGGUCUAGCAGAGUUUGAUCAUUCUUUAAAUUCUUUCAGCCUGUGCAUUUUAUACUUGAACAUUGUAAGACCAUAAAACUUAAUGCGAUAUGACUUUUAAAGAUGAAAUUUGUGACA